GACUUGAUGCGUCCUGUUAUGUCGCGUACAAUAUUUGUGCAAUUUCUACUGAUUGGCAUUGUGCUGGGAAUUAUUUUAAUCAACGUUUUGUACUUCUCAAACAUAUUUCGAGCCAUUUCAUCGAUUGUUUUCUUCACUGGUGUCAUGUUGGAGACUUUUCCUUUCUGCUAUUUUUGUGAUUCGCUGGUCGAUGACUGCGAGGAAUUAUCCAAUAUCUUAUGUCAGUCAAACUGGGUCGAUGCUGAACCCAAAUACAAGCUAACUUUGAGGAUAUUUAUGCAGAAUUUGCAACAACCAAUUAUAUUCAUCGCAGGGGGCAUUAUUCCUAUCUCAGUUAACAGCAAUAUUAAUGUGGCCAAGUUUGCCUUCAGUGUUAUGACUAUUGUGCAAAACUUAAAUCUGGCUGAUCGUUUUACAUAACUUAUUGAAAAUUUAUAACUUUUUCG